AUGGGUUCGACGGAUCUGCAGCCUGCCGGUGGGAAUGGCAAGACGAAUACCUGGCAGGGUCUGGGGGCGGCUGAGUUUGACUUACGAAGUGACACGAUGACAAAGCCAACCGUAUCCAUGCUCGAAGCGAUUACGCAAGCCUCCCUUCUCGACGACGUCUUCAACGAAGACCCGACAACAAACUCGUUGCAACAGUAUAUUGCGGACCGCACAAAGCAUGAAGCAGCUCUUUUAGUUAUGUCAGGAACGAUGGGCAACCAAGUAGCCAUUCGUACGCACCUAUCCCAGCCUCCAUAUUCCGUCCUGUGCGAUCACCGUUCCCACAUCCUCCAAUACGAGGCCGGAGGUGUCAGUAUGUGGACCGGAGCUACUGUCCAAGGCAUCGUACCAGCGAAUGGCAGACACCUCACCCUUGAAGAUCUUCAGGCCAAGUUCGUUGCUCCAACCAAUAUCCACUACUGUCCGACCAAGUUGAUCAGUCUCGAGAAUACCCUCGACGGAAUGGUAAUGCCGCUAGACGAAGUGAAGCGAAUCGUUGAAUGGGCACGCGCCAAAAAUGUCAAAGUACAUCUCGACGGAGCUAGGCUGUGGGAGGCAGUUGUCUCCGGUGCAGGCAGUUUGGACGCAUUCACCAGCUUGUUUGACAGUGUCAGUCUCUGCUUUUCCAAAGGUCUUGGAGCACCGAUUGGCAGUAUCAUAGUGGGCUCGAAAGAGUUCAUUGAACGGGCCCGAUGGUUCCGUAAGUCGAUUGGUGGCGGCACUCGUCAGGCUGGUGUCAUAUCGUCUGCAGCCAGGGUUGCCGUUGAAGAAACAUUCGGACCUGAUCCUAAUGGCGAUGGUGGUAAACUCAAAAAUACACACGUCAACGCCAAACGCGUCGCAGAAAUGUGGACUUCAAAAGGAGGAAAAUUGCAAAAUCCCGUAGAGACAAACAUGGUAUGGCUGGAUCUUGCUGCAUCCGGGUUAGGUUUGAACGACCUCGCGGAGAUAGGAAAGGAGAAAGGCUUGCAGCUUCUUGGAAACAGAUUGAUCAUUCAUUACCAGGUCUCUGAGGAAGCUCUCCGACGCCUAGAUGAGGCCUUUGAAGUAGCUCUAAGUGGUAAAUUUGAUGCUAGUGCCGACACAAGCAAGCCAUACGGCGCGCGAUAG